AUGGGCGACAUAACCAAUUUAGAGCCCGUGGCAGAAAGAGUCUCGCGGUUGAGGCUUGGCUACAGCUACGCACGUUGUCGCUUGGCUGAACCUGGGGAGGUACCAACUCUGGAGGAAGCGAGGAAAAUCAUCGACAAACUCUACGAAUCUGGAGUGCCCUUUUUCACGAAGGCGUUAAUCCAAGACAUGUGGGAUCAGAUCAAGCGAGACCCAGCCCCAGGCGACAAAAUACUUACGAAAGACAUAACCGGCGCGGUUGCUGAAUUCGAGGUGGAGACGGGAAGGGUUAGGCCAUGGCGGGUGGAUGGUACGGAGAUGGAAUAUGUGCUCAAGGAACUGGUCCUCUCUUAUCAGUGCCGAGCAUGUCUCAGAAGCGAUGUUAUACGGAGAUAUUACCCGUCACAGCAUUGGGAGCCCUGCUCAAUCAAGCUCAUGCAUCGGGUACAGGAAUGGGAUAGCAAGACUGAGAAAAACAUCCCGUGGCCUGGCCCCAUGGACCGUGAAGUGGUCGCAAGAACCUUCCAAGACAAGGCCCAAGAAUGGAACGAGAGCCCAGCGUGCGAAAAGCUCAAGAGAAUUCUGUCAUCUUCUGCAAAGAAUCAUGAAAUUGACAAGGUGGUCGGGUUUGCUCUUGGCACGAUGUCUAGCCAAUAUUUCAUUGAGGAUGGCAGUCUACGUACGGAAGAUGGGUGGCGAUCUGGAUCUCAGCAUGCGCUCCUCGUUACCAUCGUAGAAUGGCUAAAAGAAAGAGAUGAUAAACAGAAAGUCUUAUGUUACUCACAGGACCCAGCUUACACUGAGGUGGACGAGAAGAUUCUGAAGGAGGCCGGCAUUGAGGUGAUUGAAGAUCCGCGUGGUUGGCUUGAGGUGGACGAGCACUCGAUCGUAGUCUCGAUAUCACCGAAUGUGCCUGCCAAGGAGAUCAUUACGGACAUUGCUCGGCCUGCGGUUGUCAUUUGGUAUCGAGUGGAGUUCCACGAUGGACUUGAUACGGGGUUAACCGAUCCUGACUCUUCGCGGAGCAGAGCAAUGAUGGAGGGUUAUGAGCUGCAUGAGUUUGGCCCUGAUAAGGAAAUGUUCUCGGAUAUUGUGCUCUAUAUCCGGAAGUCGGUGGCUGCCCCAACUCCCAGUUCAGAUGGAAGAUUUUCCUAG